GCUGGGGAGCCCCAGUCUGGCCGGAGUUGGCUGGAGCUGUUGCCAUGACAAGCAUUUUCUUAAGACAGCUCUGCUGUUGAGUCGGUCCUAGGCUGGGGGUGGGGUGGGGGCACGAACUUCUUGGGGGUCCAUCCCUCCGAAGACAGCGAGAUCAGACACCCGCCCAGCUCCCUGCACCCAUUUUCUUCCAGGGAAGGUCCUUCUUCGCAAGGAAGGGUUGGGGAAGAAGACCCAGCCCACUCCCCCCCCGGCUGUAGCUGAAAGGCCAGAGCGCAAAGCCAGCAUCACUAGGUGGUUUGCCACAGUGGGGAGAGCGGUGGGUGGUCACCCCACCCUACUCGGUCGGUCCAUGGAAACGCGCAGGGACGGUCCCGCUCGGAGACACCUGGAUCUUUGCUAGAAAGAGAGAGGCCUAGCCAUCAUCGUUAUCCAGGGAGCCCUCCUCUUUCUGCUGACGCCACCCUACCAUCGAAAUUGCUGGUUGUUGCUAAGGUUGCCCCCAUGGUAACAUGCCUAUCCUGUUUCCACUUCUAUAUGAACAAGUAGUCUAAACUAGGAACCUACGUACUGUGGACAACCGUUUCCGUCUCUACCCAGAGGACACCGAUCAUCGUGACACUACGUCCGUCUUCUACUAAGUUCCCCCAACCUCUUCCUCCUCUCACUAGUAGACUUAAUACAGAAGAAAGGAUCUCUAGGCCUGGUGUUGCUACUCUGAAACUUAUUGCACAAGAUAUUGUCAAUUUAUCCCCUAACUGGGCUCCCAGAGAAGAAAAAAGUGGGAAGAAACGAAGAAGAGAAGGCAAGAGACACUGCUCAGUUAGAGGGGAAACUCUACAUCUUCUCUGGUUGAGAGUCUGGUAACCGAAGGCAAAAUGACGCAUCCAUCAAGACAUAACUUGCCGGCCAACUCGGUAGCUGAGAGCUAUGAAGGGGAGUUUGGCUGCACCUUAAUGGACCUGAGGAAGCUCAUGGAGCUUCGUGCAGCUGAUGCAGUGACCCAGAUCAGUGCCCACUAUGGAAGUGUACAAGAAAUCUGCGCUAGACUGAAAACCUCCCCUGUAGAAGGUCUGUCUGGGAACCCUGCAGAUUUGGAGAAGCGUAGACUUGUUUUUGGGAAGAACAUGAUACCUCCGAAAAAGCCCAAGUCGUUCUUAGAAUUAGUGUGGGAAGCCCUGCAGGAUGUCACACUCAUCAUCCUGGAGAUCGCAGCCAUCAUAUCCCUGGUCCUGUCCUUCUACCGGCCUCCUGGCGGGGAAAAUGAAAUCUGUGGCCACGUUGUAAGUAACCCAGAAGAAGAUGAGGAAGGAGAAACUGGCUGGAUUGAAGGGGCAGCCAUUCUUGCCUCGGUGAUCAUUGUGGUAUUCGUGACAGCCUUCAACGACUGGAGCAAAGAGAAGCAGUUCCGGGGGCUGCAGAGUCGCAUUGAACUUGAGCAAAAAUUCUCCAUUAUCCGGAAUGGUCAGCUUAUACAACUCCCAGUGGCUGAGAUUGUGGUGGGAGAUAUUGCCCAGGUCAAAUACGGUGACCUGCUGCCUGCCGACGGAAUCCUACUCCAGGGAAAUGAUCUGAAGAUUGACGAGAGCUCUCUGACAGGAGAAUCAGAUCAUGUCAAGAAGACUUCGGACAAAGACCCCAUGUUGCUCUCAGGGACUCAUGUGAUGGAAGGCUCUGGACGGAUGGUGGUGACUGCUGUGGGAAUCAAUUCCCAGACUGGAAUCAUCUUCACCCUCUUAGGGGCUAAUGAGGAAGAAGACGAUGAAAAAAAGAAGAAAGGUAAAAAACAAGGAGUCUCUGAAAAUCGCAACAAAGCAAAAACCCAGGAUGGAGUGGCCUUGGAAAUCCAGCCACUCAACAGCCAGGAGGGGCUCGAUAGUGAGGAGAAGGAGAAGAAAGCAAGCAAGGGACCCAAGAAGGAGAAGUCGGUCCUGCAGGGCAAGCUCACACGCCUGGCUGUGCAGAUCGGGAAGGCAGGUCUGAUCAUGUCUAUCCUCACAGUCCUCAUCCUGAUUCUAUACUUCGUGGUUGACAAUUUCGUGAUACAGCGCCGGGCAUGGCUUCCUGAGUGCACUCCUGUGUACAUCCAGUAUUUUGUCAAGUUCUUCAUCAUCGGAGUCACUGUACUGGUAGUGGCUGUGCCAGAGGGGCUGCCACUGGCUGUCACCAUCUCGUUGGCCUACUCUGUAAAGAAAAUGAUGAAGGACAACAACUUGGUCCGGCACUUGGACGCCUGUGAGACAAUGGGCAACGCCACAGCCAUCUGCUCUGAUAAGACGGGCACGCUGACCAUGAACCGCAUGACCGUGGUACAAGCUUACGUCGGGGGCACUCACUACCGCCAGAUCCCAAAACCUGACGACCUCCCACCCAACGUUCUGGACCUCAUAGUCAACAGCAUCUGUAUCAACUCUGCUUACACUUCUAAGAUUCUGCCUCCAGAGAAAGAGGGAGGCCUCCCCCGGCAAGUAGGCAACAAGACAGAGUGUGGACUGCUGGGCUUUGUCACAGACCUGAAGCAGGACUACCAAGCAGUUCGCAGUGAGAUGCCCGAGGAGAAGCUCUUCAAGGUGUACACCUUCAACUCAGUGCGCAAGUCCAUGAGCACCGUCAUCAGGAAGCCGGGGGGCUUCCGCGUGUUCAGCAAGGGCUCCCGAGAUAAUGCUGCAAGUGAGUGUGAUCGGAUCCUGAACAAAGAAGGAGGAAUUGUACCAUUCAAAUCUAAGGACCGAGAUAAUAUGGUACGCAACGUCAUUGAGCCCAUGGCCAGUGAAGGACUCCGGACCAUCGGCAUAGCUUACCGAGAUUUUGAUGGUGAAGAGCCCUCGUGGGAAAAUGAGAAUGAGAUCCUCACUGGGCUGAUCUGCAUUGCAGUGGUGGGCAUUGAGGACCCUGUGCGCCCAGAGGUACCAGAUGCAAUUAACAAGUGCAAACGGGCUGGCAUUACUGUCAGGAUGGUGACAGGUGACAACGUCAACACAGCCAGGGCCAUCGCCACCAAAUGUGGCAUCUUGACUCCUGGUGAUGACUUCCUGUGUCUGGAAGGGAAAGAAUUCAACAGACUCAUACGCAAUGAGAAGGGUGAGGUCGAACAAGAAAAGCUGGACAAGAUCUGGCCCAGGCUUCGGGUACUGGCACGAUCUUCUCCCACGGACAAGCACACAUUGGUGAAAGGUAUCAUUGACAGCAAUAUUGGGGAACAGAGGCAGGUGGUGGCUGUCACCGGUGAUGGAACCAAUGAUGGACCGGCUCUAAAGAAAGCAGAUGUCGGUUUUGCUAUGGGCAUUGCAGGCACAGAUGUGGCUAAGGAGGCAUCAGACAUCAUCCUGACUGAUGACAACUUCACCAGCAUUGUGAAGGCAGUGAUGUGGGGCCGGAAUGUAUACGACAGCAUUUCCAAGUUCCUGCAGUUCCAGCUCACUGUCAACGUGGUGGCCGUGAUUGUGGCUUUCUCUGGAGCCUGCAUCACUCAGGAUUCCCCACUGAAAGCGGUGCAGAUGCUGUGGGUGAACCUGAUCAUGGACACGUUUGCUUCUCUGGCCCUGGCCACAGAGCCCCCGACCGAUUCCCUGCUGAGGCGUCGCCCCUAUGGGCGAAACAAGCCCCUGAUCUCUCGCACAAUGAUGAAGAACAUCCUAGGCCACGCGGUGUAUCAGCUCGGAAUCGUCUUCCUCCUCGUCUUUGCUGGCGACAAACUGUUUGACAUUGACAGUGGGAGGAAGGCGCCUCUCAAUUCACCACCCAGCCAGCACUACACCAUUGUUUUCAACACGUUUGUGCUGAUGCAACUCUUCAACGAGAUCAACUCUCGGAAGAUCCAUGGCGAGAAGAAUGUCUUUGCAGGUGUCUACCGCAACAUCAUUUUCUGCUCUGUUGUUUUAGGCACGUUCUUCUGCCAGAUCUUGAUUGUGGAAGUGGGAGGUAAGCCCUUCAGCUGCACAAACCUCACCAUGGAGCAGUGGAUGUGGUGUCUCUUUAUAGGGAUCGGAGAACUUUUGUGGGGCCAGGUCAUCUCUGCAAUACCUACCAAGUCUCUAAAGUUCCUGAAAGAGGCGGGCCAUGGCAGUGACAAGGAAGAGAUCAGCAAGGACACUGAGGGGCUGGAAGAGAUCGACCAUGCCGAGAUGGAGCUUCGCCGAGGCCAGAUCCUCUGGGUCCGGGGCCUGAACCGGAUUCAGACUCAGAUCAGAGUGGUCAAAGUAUUUCAUAGUUUCCGAGACGUCAUUCAUAAAUCCAAGAACCAGGUCUCCAUCCACAGCUUCAUGACCCAACCUGAGUACGCCGCAGACGAUGAAAUGCCACAGUCCUUCCUGAAUCAAGAGGAAAGUCCUUCGUUGGCUUCUAAGUCGGGGAUGACCAAGCGCCUGCCGGAUGCCGAAACUGUUCCACAGAACAACACGAAUAACAAUGCCGUGGACUGCCACCAAGUGCAAAUCGUUGCCUCCCAUCCAGACAGCCCUCUACAAAGCCAGGAGACCCCGGUCUGAACGUCCAUCCUCUGAGUCCCGUCCCUGCUCUCCCCUUUUUGUCUUCAUCUGUCCUAUCUGUAUGUGAUGGUGGGACUUGUCAUUGUUCGUCAGCUGCUCCUAAGCGUGUGAGAACCCCCACCUGACCAUGAAGAAGCACAGACCUACAUGGAUUCGGUCAGACCUUGGGCAGGUAACAGUAGCUCCGCUCCCCAGGCGUACCAGUUGUCAUUUUAAAGAAGUAGUGACAAUCCUCUUGGCAUCGCCCAACCCAAAGUCUCCCCAGCAUCCCCCACACAUGCCACCACCCCCUUCUGACUUGGAGAUUUCACAAGCUAAGUCGUGGGCUCAGUGAGAGACAAACGCCCCAUGUUCGCGUUUCAGUAGAGUGACUAUCCUUAAAAUGUUCUUUCCUAUUUUGAAAAUGUGCACACUAAGGCCUCUAGCUCUUUCUGCCCUUCAGUCUGACGUCCCCCAAGGUUCUUUGGAUCUCACCUGACCCUUACCAUCUUUUCUUUCAUCCACUCCUCCCACUCUCUUUAUGUUGUGGUAAUUACAAGAAUGGAAAGGGCAUGGCCAAACUGAGUCAAUUUGACCCUAACUGGCCCCAGUAGAACCUUUCAUUUUGUUCCAGAGGCAGGCAGAUUUCUUUUCUAAAAUGGUCUUUUUGGAGCAAAUGAGCUAGUGAAAUAUUUCCCUAAUCUUACCAGGUCAGCACCAACUUCUGAAUGUCUUCUUGGGUGGAUAGGAGUUUUUAAGUGCCAGGGAAAUCAGCCAUGACCAUAGGCCUGAGCUUCCUUCUUGCCUGGGGUGGUAGCAAAGAGUGAGGGGGCCAUGACCCUGCCUUCCAGCUGCUCGAGGAGUUUCAGGAUCAACAUGGGGCAGGCCUAGGACCAGAAGUCACUGAAGCAGACUACUUUCAAGGGUAUUUGUUUGCCAAGGCUCUCCCAGAGCAGGAGCUUCCUUCUGUCGUGGGAGGCGAGGAUGAGUGUUAAGAAGCCUUGGGAAGGACUAAAGCGCCAGUCCUUCAGGAGCUACACUUUGUUGUGUCCCACAACAUUUUCCGUCUCUAAGGAGGUCCCCAACUUUUGCAAACAUUCUAACGUUGAAGAGAGGAGGCGCCCAAACAGCAUGCUGAGUCAAGGGGCUAAAGGCCCUCCCUGGAAAGCUUCCUGCCCCCACCCCCAACCUCUCUGUCUUCACAUACCCUCCUCCAGGGUCUGUCUCCACUGCUGCCUGGGAAAGUCUGUGCCUUUCUGCCCUGAACACUGCCCAGAGCACCCUCUGCCCAGCAGCCUCCCGGAGCCGGGAACUUCACCCAAAGGGACUUUGCCUUACUGGGAUGAGGAGGAGGCACAGGUGCUCCAUGUGUAUCUCGGCUGGCUGAUUUAAGCAUGUCUGUGCAGUGGGUCGAAUCCAUGUCCCCAAGUCCCAUCCACUGUUGGGUUAGUGAAGCCUGCCUCCCUCUUUCUAGGGUGAUGAGAAUAAGAGGGCGAGUGAGGCUCCUGAAAACAGCCU